UGUAUCCAUACCUUCGCAUGCUGCGCCGUAUCUUUUAAAAGGUUUAAAAUAUAAAGAAAAUUAAGAAGCACCUACAAAGCAUAGGCGUCAAAAAAGAAAGAAAAAACGAAGAAAUAAUCCUUGGAGUUCCUCAACAAUCAGAAUGGGUUGUGGGCUCAGUUCAGAGGCCGCCGCAGCCCUACCAGUGCCAUCCAGUCCUGACGAAGCCCUAGAGCUGGCCAUGAAGCAUGGAGACAUACAGGCGCUGGAAAAGGCUCUCGAAACCCAUGCGAAUGUAAACAAGAGAGUCAAAGACGAACGUGGCACCGAGUGUACUAUUCUGCACAUGGCUGCUCGAGUUGGCAACGGAGAGGCAAUAAAGAUGAUCCUCAAGGCUGGGGCUGACAUCCGCGCCGUAGACAGCAAUGGACAGACAGUGCUGCACUGGGCCGCUCUGCAUGAUAAAUCCGAGUCUGUUGUGGAAUUAGUGCAGGGAGGACUUGCCGUGGACACACCGGCGAGCAAUGGAGAGACGGCUCUGAAAAGUGCACUCCUUAAAAAGGCAAACAGCGCGUUGGCCAAACUCAUAGAGCUGGGAGCUUCGGUACAGGACCCGGACAAGAAUGGACUGGAAGCUCCUUUGGUCACUGCAGCCAAGAAUGACAACGUGACUGCAGUGUUGCUGUUACUCAAGGCGGAUGCCAUCCACGAGGGCAUCAUGGUGCCCAUGAAGGAAGGUGAUAGCGUCGACCUCCUCACCUGGGCCACAAGGAACGGCCACAGUGAAGUCGAGCAAUUCCUCACAGAGGAGGGCGCCCAGAUUGCAGAGACCCCUCAGCCAGCCCCAGAGGAACUGCCGACGACGGGGCUGAGGAUACAACGGAAGCAGUAGAAGGCGCAGGAGAUGAGGAACCACCAGCUGAUCCUCCGGCCGAAGAAAGCGCAGAGGCUGACGAAGCCCAGCUCGAAGGAGGGGACGCGGAAGGUGCCGACGCUACAGAAGGAGACGUUACGGAAGAAGGCGAGGCAACGGAAGGAGGCGACGCGACAGAAAGUGGAGACGCAGUGGAAGGCGGAGAAGCUGAGCCAGCUGCUGAGGGAGACGCCGGAGGCGGUGGUGACGACGCCGGCGACGGUGGUGGAGGUGACAAUGCUGUUGAAGAAUAAACCUGAUCGCCUGGUCCGGAUUAUGACAUCGAACGGUGUUUCGUCUUACAAAUGAUGCUGUAAAGACAAUUGGAAAUGAACUAGGAACGAAAUGAAAAAACGAGUAUAAAUGUAUA